UGAUCUCUUCUCUCUCUCUCUCUCUCUCUCUCUCUCUCUGUGUGUUUCUAGCGGAGAGAGUGCUGCCCCAUUCCCUCUAUUCAGCCGGAGCGCGAUGACACUUUGUAAGAAGAGACCUUUCGGAAAAGAGCUUCCCUGGAAAACAGUGGAACUGGUGACGUGAGGAGCCAAUUUAAUAUGACCUGUCUGGUGUGGGUCCAGAGGAAGCCCCAUGGAGAGCGAUGGUGCUGAAGGGGACAGCUCCGGUGUGGGUGUCCGCGCGCUGACGGGCUGCGCUCUCUGCGCGCUCAUCCUCUCCACGCUGCUGGGGAACACGCUCGUGUGCGCCGCCGUCAUCAAAUUCAGACACCUCAGAUCCAAAGUCACCCAUUUCUUCGUCAUAUCCCUCGCGGUUUCCGAUCUCUUCGUGGCUGUUCUGGUCAUGCCGUGGAAAGCAGUCUCUGAGGUGGCCGGCUGCUGGCUCUUCGGGAGCUUUUGUGACACUUGGAUAGCUUUUGAUAUCAUGUGCUCAACGGCGUCUAUCCUCAACCUGUGCAUCAUCAGUUUGGACAGAUACUGGGCCAUCUCAAGCCCCUUUCGUUACGAGCGCAAAAUGACGCAGAGGAUGGCGUUUAUAAUGAUCGGGAUGGCGUGGACACUUUCCAUCCUGAUCUCUUUCAUUCCGGUCAGACUGAACUGGCACAGGGCUGAGGAUCACAGCGCGCCCUUGAACCUCACCGUGAGCUCGGAGGACUGCACUGCGGCUUUAAACAGGACUUAUGCUAUUGCAUCUUCACUAAUAAGCUUUUACAUCCCUGUUAUAAUCAUGAUAGGAACAUAUACGCGGCUGGGCGGCUGGGCACAUGCACGAAACAUGCGCGACGAGCAGUCGCUGAAAACCACGUUUAAGAAAGAAACCAAGGUGUUAAAAACGCUUUCCAUCAUCAUGGGGGUGUUUGUGUUCUGCUGGCUGCCCUUUUUCGUCCUCAACUGCAUCGUGCCGUUCUGUGACCUGGACACUCUUGGAGACUCUCUGUGCGUGAGCAGCACCACUUUUAACAUCUUCGUCUGGUUCGGAUGGGCCAAUUCAUCGCUCAACCCGGUCAUCUACGCGUUCAACGCGGAUUUCCGCAAAGCCUUCACCACUAUUCUGGGUUGCAACCGGCUCUGCGCGUCUUCUGCGGUGGAGACGGUGAACUUUACCAACGAGCUGGUGUCCUACCAUCAUGACACCACUCUGCUCCACAAGGACGCGCAGGGCGUUUCCAACCCGCAGUGCCUGGUUCUGGUCCCCGGUCAUCAUGAGGAACACGUGGACUUACCCUUCGACAAGGUCUCGGUCGUGUCCGAUUCGUCUCGUAUCCAGCGGAGCGCGCUGCUGCCGGCCCUAGAGCAGCAGGAGAGAGAGAUGGAGAUUUCCCUGGACAUGAUGCCCUUCACCCCCGCAACACUGAGCGACUGCUGUGGGAUUCCAGGUCAAAUUGAGGAGUGUUGACCUCAUUUCAUUCAAUACGAACCUAUUAAUACCAUCAGAAUUAAUAGGCAUGCAUGACCUCAUUUUAUUUUCGUAUACCAUUCCAAAAAUACCUAGGGCCAAAAGUAAAAUGGAUGUAUUUGAAUGGCAUAUAAAAUUUUCAUUACGUUACAUUUAAAUAAGCAUAAAUCUGUUCAUUUAAAACAGCUUGAUUUAGUUUAAAAGACAUUUAAAAAGUAUAAACAAAGCAAAAUUUGUUAAUUAGUCAAAUGAGACUGAAA